GAAAAAGAUUUACAUGUAGUAGUUGGUGUUAUAUAUGUGUGUAUAUAAGUUAUUUGUAUAUGUAGCUUAGCGUAUCGAGACACAAAGUGAGUGAGUGAGUAAAAAAGAAAGAAAAGGAAGGGAAAUGGGGUGUGCUUCCUCUAAGGGUGUGGAUGUGGCGGCGGUCCCUUACCGGCCGGCGCCGACGAGCUUCGCGGUGUUCGACAUAAACGCGAUCGAGGAGCCAUGGCUGAAGCACCUGAACGAGAGCACCACCCAAGUCCACCAAGACAAAACCCCUCUCCCGGCCCCUAUCCUCCACAAACUCAACAUGCUCGACGCCACCGACGCUCCUCAAUCAUGGGACGAGGUCAGCAAAACACUCCAAGACCUCAAACCCGUCAUCACCAAACCACCACAAACCUCACCACCCCAACCACCCCCACAACAACCUCAACCUCAACCUCCGCAAAAAACUAACUCCUUCCACACACUCGAAGAGUUAGACGCCAAGACAAAGCCCAAGCCCGAACCAACAAAGCCCGACUCAGUAAAGCCCGAAGCAGUAAAGCCCGCUGUGGCUGUCGUGAACGUGGCGCGAGGGAGCAAGUUGAAGGACAACGUGUUCAUAAUGCGGGACAGGAUGGAGAGAGAGAAGGAGGAGAAGGAGUCGGCGUUCGAGCGGCUGCGGCGGGAUCCGCUGAGCGCGUUUCCGGAGAAGUGUCCGCCGGGGGGGAGCGAGACGGUGGUGGUGUACACGACGUCGUUGCGGGGCGUGAGGAAGACGUUCGAGGACUGCAACAGGGUGCGCGACGUGCUGGAGACGCACCGCGUGGUGUUCGACGAGCGCGACGUGUCGUUGCACGGGGAGUUUCUCCGGGAGGUGAAGGAGCUGGUGGGCGAGGCGGUGGCCCUGCCGCGGGUGUUCGUGAAGGGGAGGUACGUCGGGGGUUUGGAGGAGUUGGUGGAGCUGAACGAGACGGGUCGACUCGGGAGGAUACUGAGAGCCACACGUGUGGAGAGGGGGAUUGGGAGGCAAACGUGUGGAGGAUGUGGUGGGGCCCGCUUUGUGCCUUGUUUGGAUUGUGGUGGGAGUUGCAAGAUUGUUGUGGAUGGAGUUGAGAAACAGAGGUGUCCCAAGUGUAAUGAGAAUGGCUUGGUUCAUUGCCCUUCUUGCAUUUGAUUUUACUCUAAUUCUGCUCUUUUAUAUAUUUUCUUCAACCAAUUCCUACCUUUCUACACUUCUUGCAACUUCGAACCAAUGCUUCUUUUCCAUUCCGACAAAGAUUACAAACGCUGGGUGACGGAACAUGACAAAAACGGUUGUGUCUGUUGAUGUCACAGGGAAUGGAUACGGUUAGUUUAAGUUUUUAUGUUACUGUUAGAUUUGAUGAUGUGAACAUGUUGUUUAUAAUUUUUUUUUUCUUUGUAAAAAACAGACAUAUGUGGUUGUGAUUUAGGCACUAUUAAUGCCAGACUUUCGUAGAAAUUUCUGA